GAAAGAUCUGAAUCAUUCUCCUCUCUGUUUCCACCUCACGAAAUAGACCACAACCAAACAGGAACUUGGUUUGUUUUUCUGACUCAUUAUUCUCCUGUUCGCCGGGAACUUGAUCUGAUUCUUACACCUUUCGUCGGUGAUUUGCGCAUUCCGAGGAGAAAGGAAUCGGCAUCCACUUUUUGUUCGAAUCUCGAAAACCACUUGGCGUACUGUGAAUUCACAGCUGUUUUGCUUUCUGUUUCUGUUUUCUUUUCUCCGAUCUCUCUUCUUUGUUUCUGCAAUCUGUUCCUCGGCGGUGAAAAUGGCGAGGCGUGGAUAUAAGCUGCAGGAGUUUGUGGCUCAUUCAGCGGAUGUGAACUGUCUAUCUAUGGGAAAGAAGCGGUGUCGCCUUUUGAUUACUGGUGGGGAUGAUAACAAGGUCAAUCUUUGGGAAAUUGGGAAACAUAAUUCUUUAAUGAGUUUUUGUGGUCAUACAAGUUCAGUUGAAUCUGUAGCUUUUGAUUCAGAAGAAGUCUUGGUGCUUGCUGGGUCAUCUUCUGGUGUGAUAAAGCUCUGGGAUCUGGAAGAAGGAAAGAUGGUUCGAGGUCUUACUGGACACAGAUCCAAUUGCACCUCUGUGGAAUUUCAUCCGUUUGGUGAAUUCUUUGUGACUGGAUCUAUGGACACAAAUUUGAAGAUCUGGGAUAUCAGAAAAAAGGGAUGCAUUCACACCUACAAGGGCCACACACGAGGCAUUAAUACUAUCAGGUUCACUCCUGAUGGUCGCUGGGUAGUUUCUGGGGGAUUUGAUAAUACUGUAAAGGUGUGGGAUCUAACUGCUGGAAAGCUAUUGCAUGAUUUCAAAUUCCAUGAAGGACAUAUCCGUUCCAUAGACUUCCAUCCCCUUGAAUUUCUCCUUGCCACAGGUUCAGCAGACAGAACUGUUAAAUUUUGGGAUUUAGAAACAUUUGAAUUGAUUGGAUCUACCAGAGCGGAGGCUGCUGGGGUUCGCAAACUUACCUUCCAUCCUGAUGGAAGAACCCUUUUAUGUGGAUCAGAUGAUGUUUUAAAGGUUUAUUCAUGGGAGCCUGUAUUUUGUCAUGAUUCUGUUGAUAUAGGAUGGUCAACACUUGGUGACCUUUGCAUCCAUGAAGGAAAACUUUUGGGUUGCUCAUACUAUCAAAAUUCCGUUGGAGUUUGGGUAGCAGAUGUUGAGCAUAUUGAGCCAUAUGGAGGUCGAACUAUACCUGAACAAAAUGACUGCAUGGAGAAGAAAUGUGAUCUCAAUGGAAGUCACUCUAUGGAGAAAGUAGGGAUUGGUUUGAGGUCAACUUUGGGCUUAUGCUCUAGGUCUCCUGAUGAUGAGACAAAUGAUAUAAAAAACAUAUAUGUAGAUACUACUGCUGGACGUCCUGUUGCUUCACAGAGAGUUGGCUCUUUAAAUUCUCCAAAAUUGAUACCCCUGUUGGAUCCCAAUGAGAUAAGUAAUUUGCCUGCAGAGAAACAGAGUUCUGUAGUAGAGAUUCCCCUAAAAUCUAGUGCACAAGCAGUUGACAAGUCGAUCAUUGUGCCUAGCAUUGUACCUAGGAAUAGUCCUGUUGAGAAAGACUCUUCCAAAUCUGGAAGAGAAUCUAUCGCCUUUUCAAGGACAAAACCUGGUAUGUUGCUCAGACCUGUUCAUGCCAGGCAGCUAUCUAAUAGCAAGUAUGAAGUUGAAAAGCUGUCAGCAACAUCCGAGUUUGACACUUUGAGCAACACAAAAUGUAAUUUAGAUAGUGAGAGGCAUCUGAAUUCUGAAACAAAAAUCAUAGAAGAGGAUGGAGCUACAAAAUCCUGUGACGAUAAAUGUUCAGGCAUCAAAGGUGGUAUUGAAAAGUUUGAAAAGACUUUAUCACUACAGGCAACUCAUAAUCAAGAAACCAGUAAUGAUUUUCAUGAUUGCAACAAAGAUACAAACUCAGUCAAAUUUGUAAAUGGAGUGGCAGUUGUUCGUGGAAGAACACGUUCUCUGGUUGAGAGGUUUGAAAGAAGAGAGAAAUUUAAUAGCGAUGAAAGUGAGACAACUGUCAUCACACCUCGUGUGACAUCUGAAACAGAUAGAACCUUAACCAUGAUGAAAGCAGAGCCUCAAAUUGAAAGGCAGUUGGUGUCAACUGGUGACCAAAAUAUUACUGAAAGUUGUCUUUCUGAAUCUGGAAGGGAAUCGCAAUCGCCUUCUCGUGAUGGACCCAUUAUUGGAAAUCAAGUUACUACAACAGAAUCAAGCUUUGUGAAUGACAGGAAGGUUACUCCCAUCACCGAGGGGCAAUUGACCCCUGCCGGUAAUGAAAGUAUUGCUGAAAGUCAAUUUUCUAAAAGGGAUUCAACAUCUACUGGUGGUAGGACCAGUCUUGGAAGUAAAAGUACAAGAAAGGAAUUAACAUUAACCAAUGACAGGAAGGUUACUAUUACAGAGAGUCAAAUUUCUAGAGAGGGAUCUAACUCUUCCCGUAAUGAGAUCAUAUCAAGAAGUCAAAUUGGUAGACAGCGACCUAGCUUUGCUAAUGAUAGGAAAGUUACCAUUACAGCAAUUCAUGGUUCUAGAAGGGAAUCAGCCUCUCCUGGAAAUGGGACUGUUCUUGCAAGUCAAGUUCCUAGAAUGAGAACAACCUUUGCCACUGACAGGAAAGUUACUAUUACUGAGAGUCAAAGUUCUAGAAGGGAAUCAACCCUCGCUGGUGAUGAGACCUUAUCUGGAAAUCAAAUUUGUAGACCACGAUCUAACUUUGCCAGUGAUAGAAAAGUUUCUGCUUCUGAAAUUCAAAUUUCUUUAUGGGAAUCAACCUCUCCUGGCAAUGGGACUGUUCUUGUAAGUCAAGUUACCGAAAUGGGAUCCACUAUUGCUUCUGAUAAGAAGGUUAUGUCUAGUGAAAGUCAAAAUUCUAGAAGGGAUAUGGUCUCUGCUAAUGAUCGAAAUGUUGAAGGGGACCUUGUCUAUGCUAAUGACAGAGAUAUUACUGAAAAAUUGAUGGAGACUCACGAUGCAUUCUUAAGCACUCUAUGCUGCCGCUUAACCAAACUGCAGGUGGUAAGGCAUUUUUGGGAGCGGAAUGACAUUAAAGGUGCCAUCAGUGCCUUGCAGAAGCUGCCAGAUCAUUCUGUGCAGGCAGAUGUCAUCAGUGUUCUCAUGGAGAAAAUGGAGAGUUUCACCUUGGAUCUCUUUUCGUGCUUGCUUCCUGUGCUAAUGAGCAUGCUGGAUAGCCAAAUGGAGAGGCAUGUAUGUGUCUCGUUGGAGAUGGUUCUGAAGCUUGUUGCAGUUUUUGGUCCAGUAAUACACUCAACCAUUGCAGCGCCUUGUGUUGUUGGUGUUGAUCUUCAUGCUGAGCAGAGACAAGAAUGGUGCAAUCAGUGCUUCAUGCAACUACAAAAGAUUCAGAAACUUCUUCCAGCAAUCGCAAGGAGAGGCGGAUUGUUAGCAAGAAGUGCUCAGGAAUUGAAUCUAGUUCUACAACAAUCAUAAUCAAUGCUGCCUUGGGAACCAUCUCUAAGGCACAAAACAAUGGCUUGGCUGGUACUCCGAACAACAGGAUACCAUGUAUGCGAGGCUUUUUACAACUUGCCUCUCAUACUGCAAAAUUUCACAAUUUUGCCUCGCUACUUCCCGAACAUUCUAAUGCCAUCCUCACAUCCAUCAGCAGUGCGAGCACUAGCAUGAGUUGGUCCCUUGUAGCUCUAACUGAUCAAGGAUGGAAGAAGAUGCCUAGUGAAUCGCUGAAUCUCAGUGUUUGUUUUGGGUUCUACGCAGCAAUAUCCCUGCUAUCAUUCUUUGAUUCAUGAUAUUGUUAUCAGUAUCAUUCAAAAUUCAUGUAAUCAUGCGGCAAUGCAAAUGUGUACUGCACUUCCAAUAUUCAAUAAAAUAUGACAAGGAGGCAAAUCAUUCAUCUGGCGGGAUGCAUGAUACUUGACUUGUCUUUAGGCAUAGACUACUAGGAUUCCCUACGCCGCAUAUAUGUUUGAAAAGGGUAGUUCGAAUUGUAUCCCUCAUUCAUCUUUUGCAGGGACCCUCCACUAAUGAAAAUGAAGGAAUGUGUUCAGGCCAAUCAAGCAGCAUUCUUGGAUUUUGCCGAAUCAUCUUUUGCUUUUGGAGUGAACAUAAUUUAAGAAUCCAAUGACUCUUUUUUCGUUUAUGUACCUAUUUGGUGUUGUGGUGUGGGGAUUAAGGGUGCCUUUUAUAUUGCAGUGAAGUGGUAUGAUUAUAAUUGUAAUUGUAAUUAUAUUAAAUUAUAUUAUAUUAU